AAUAAAAGUAACUUCGCCAAGUGCAUGCCGACCUCGAAAUCAAACAUUGGUUUUGUGGUGCUCGUUUGUGAUGUGCCUUAUCGUUAUGCAUUGUUUGUAUUUCAUGCGUGGAAAGUAAAGUAUUUUGACGAAUUAUCUGUUAAAAAUUCAUAACUGGCUAAGUUUUACGUUAUUAUGGAAACAAACAAUGCCGUCUGCAAUAUUCUGCAUUCCAGUGUUGUUACUGUGUGUUCUAUUUUCACAGUGAAUAAAUGUAUUUAUUUUAAUAAAAAUGUUUAGUUUUUGUAUAAAAGUUUGCAUGUGCUGACAGGGAUUUUUUAAAAAUAUUGUCAACUCUUGACAUUGUGAACAGUUGUGGAAAAGCAUGUCCGUGUUCUUUGACCACAAAGUACAAAUAACAGAACCAUCAGCUGUUAAUGUAGCAAUAGAAUGGCAUCCUUUGAACCCAUGGUUAGCUGUGUCAUCAUAUAGCCAAGAAAAAGGUGGUUUUGUGAAUAUUUGCAAUGAAUUGGGUGAACCUUUGGAAGAUGUCACAUGUCCCCAGCAUCCUGUUGCCCAAGUAACAACUUUAACAUGGCAUCCAUCAAAGAAAUUGCUUGUUACUGGUUGGGAAAAUGGAGAAAUAAGGGUUUGGAUAGGAGAAAAGGAGUUUACUUCUGUGGAGUCCCCUCAUCAAGUACCGAUCAUUAUUUUAGAAUGGAGCGAGCAAGGAGGAAGACUUGUUUCGGGAGAUACUGGUGGUUCUUUGGUUGGCUGGAAAGUUGACCCCCGAGGUCAUUUUUCUUCUGUUUUUCACAUUGAUCUCAAAGAUGCUGUUACACAUAUUGCCUUCAGAAAAGAUUUACAGAAAAAUAUGGGAUAUGACUUAAGUGGCUUAGCUCGAGCUGCUGUGGCAGGUGACGAACUAGCUCUUGACAUGUUCAGCGCAUGGAGGCCAAGAACAGCUGGUAAUAGAUUCACAUAUCAAGCUACUCAUGGGGACAACCUUUCUUUGUUUGUUGGUUCUGUGUCAGGAAUUAUUUAUUACAUCACUGAAGAUGGUUCUGUAACAGAAGUGCUUAAUUUAGAAGGAAUUCUUUUAAAGAAAAUGUUGUAUAGAGAGGGCAAAGAUAAUCUUAUUGUUAUGACAGAAGGUCUGUCAGUUGGACAGUUUGCAGUUGAUGCCAAAGGCAACCUAACAGAAAUAAUGAAGGUGAAGCUAAGUGGUCGAUCUCAAGACGCAACUAUGGUUUGGGCUGGUUCUGGCCUUUUAGCUAUAUCAACAGGAGAUCUCUCAAUUCGGUGUUGGGACAUGGACUCUGGAGACAACUAUCUUCUUGAAGCUAUUCCAUCUUCUGGAGAAAAUGCUAGCAACCUUCCCACUGAAAUAUUCACUCAUAUUUCCUUCAAUAGUCAGAAAGGGCUGCUCUGUGGGGGGUCCAACUUGGGUCGAGUGUGUAUGUGGAAGAGCACUGGCCAGCAGAAAGACCUCGGUGACGAUGGAGAUGUCAGUGGAGCUCUAAUGGAUGCAUCACUUCUUUGGCAAGUGGAGCGCUCCUGCCAAGUGCGAGGUUCUAUCAAACAACUGACAUGGAAUAAUCCUUCAGGACUACUAGCUGUCAAUACUAUCAGCAAUGUAUUUUUGUUGCGUGAACAGAUAUUGUGUUCUGCCUACAGUCAGCAUGUUCUUGCCGUUCAAGUGGGCCCUAGUCAGUUAACUAUAGAGGUCAUGGAAUCAGAAGAUAACUCUAAAGGCUGCAGCUGUGAUCUCAAAACAGACAUUCAAAUUAGUGGUGUAACAGUCACUGCUACUCAUCUUGCAGUGUGGAGUAAGAAGACCCUUGUCAUAUACCAACUUAAUACUGAUUAUAGUGGAGAAACGCCAAAGAUUACGUGCAAAGUUGUUGGAUCUUUUUCAAGUGAAGUGGAGGCUGCAGUUCUCUUUGAGCAGAGUGCAAUUGUUCUUGGAGAGGAGAGGGUGGAGGUGUUCAGCUUCAGCGGAGCUGUAAAGCAGACGCUUGCCCUAGCAGAAGCAGAAGGAAAACCUCUAGGUCUGCAGUUGUGUGGUAGUUUUCUUUGUGUGGCCACUACGUGUGGCUCCUUACGUGUCUGGGAUCUGUCUCGCAGAGAAGCAAAGCCACAUACAUCUACCAAGAAUCUUGAAGAAGAUAUCUCUGAUUUUGGGGAAAUUAUUUCAGCAUGUUGUAACAGCAAGGGAACCAAAGUCUCUAUUACAAUAGCAAAGUCAAAUUUUGUGCCCGAUACAAGACUGUAUUUGUGGGAUAUUGAGUCAGAUACUCUGUCAUAUUUUAACUUUGCUUCGGGCAAAAUGGACAAAGAAGAAGCUGAUGAUUUGCGAGCUACUCCAGAAGGUUCUGCAAAAUCAGAUGAAAGCAAAAGUGAAACACUUUCACAGCCUCCAGCACGUACUUUGUCUGGACGAUUUGUAUUAUCUCACCAGUGGGAUGCUGAAGAACCAAAAUUAUUAGUGUGUGAAGCCAAACUCCUUCCCAAGCCUUCACGUAAUAAGGAUGUAGCUUCUUGGCCAAGAAGAGUGUCUACAUCAACUGUUACUCUACCGGAUGCUGCUACUUUAAAAGACCAGGAAAUGCAACAAGAAGUGCUUUUAGUAACAAUCUUCACUACUCCAGAACAAGGAAUAAUUCUUCAAGAUAUUUUUCCAAUGUCAUCGGACUUCACUAAAUUGCUUGGAGUUCAUACACCUCAUUAUCUGCUAUUGAAGAAACCCAGCCAAACAUCAGCCACAAAUUCAGAAAAGCUGAUAAUGAGGGAUUUUGAGGGAUUGCAAACCUGUGACAAAAGCACAAGAGAUGCAGUCCUGCAUUUUAGUUACAACCUGAGUAUUGGCAACAUGGAUGAAGCAUUUCGAGCAAUCAAAACUGUGAAAAGUGAAGCUGUGUGGGAAAGUUUGGCUAGAAUGUGUGUGAAAACAAAACGUCUUGAUGUAGCUUCAGUGUGCCUUGGACAUAUGAAACAUGCACGUGGUGCUAUGUUGCUUCGAGAAGCCAAGAAAGAGCCUCAACUGGAGGCACAAGUAGGCAUGUUAGCAGUGCAACUGGGUAUGCUGGAUGAAGCGGAGCGGUUGUAUACAACAUGUGGUCGUUUUGACUUGCUGAAUAAAAUGUAUCAGGCAGCUGGAGAGUGGGAGAAAGCAUUAAGAGUUGCAGAAGAACAAGACAGAAUUCAUUUGAGAGCAACGUAUUUUAAUUAUGCUUGUCAUCUUGAGGCCAAAGGAGAUUAUACUGGUGCUGCACAUAUGUAUGAGCGUUCAGACACGCACCGUUUCCAAGUACCACGAAUGUUAUUGGAAGAUCCUCUCAGCCUUGAAAAUUAUAUAAUCAAGGCCAAAGACCCAGCAUUAACAAAAUGGUGGGCACAGUACAUGGAAAGUACAGGGCAAAUGGAUCUAGCCCUCCAGUUUUAUGAGGAAGCUCAAGAUUAUUUCUCGUUGGUUCGAGUCUUAUGCUUCCAACAUGACAUUGAGAAAGCAGCUGAGGUGGCUAGCAGCUCAGGAGAUCGCGCAGCCUGCUACCAUUUGGCUCGCCACUAUGAAGCAGAUGGUAGAAUCAGUGAUGCUAUCCACUUUUUCACAAGAGCAGAAGCAUACAGCAAUGCAGUUCGCAUUUGUAAGGAGCAUGGAAUAGAAGACCAACUAUGGAAUCUAGCCUUGUUAGCAGGUCCUAGAGAACAACUGGAAGCAGCUCGAUACUUUGAGAGCAGUGAGAGAGCUUCCCCUGAUAAAGCAGUAAUAUUGUUUCAUCGAGCAGGAAUGUUACAUAAAGCCCUUGAUCUUGCUUUCAAAACUCAGCAGUACAAUGCCCUUCAACAUAUAGCUGUUGAUCUGAAUUCAAACUCGGACCCAGCACUCAUUCUCAAAUGUGCUCAAUUCUUUGUUGAAAACAAACAGUUCGACAAAGCUGUUGACUUGCUUGCUGUUGGAAAACAGUAUGUAGAAGCUUUGGAUCUGUGCUUAGAUAAAAAUAUUCCUGUAACUGAGGAUCUAGCUGAGAAACUCACUAUGGCAAAAGGAGAGGGUGAUGAGGGUACACGAGUUCGGGUCCUUGAAAAAGUUGCAGAGAGUGCAAUGGCACAAGGAAAUUAUCAUCUUGCCACAAAGAAGUUUACACAGGCUGGUAACAAAGUGAAAGCUAUGAAGGCUUUACUCAAAUCUGGAGACACUGAGAAAAUUAUCUUCUUUGCAAAUGUUUCCCGGCAGAGAGAAAUUUAUGUAAUGGCAGCCAAUUACUUGCAGUCCUUAGAUUGGCAAAAUGAUCCAAGUGUGUUAAAGAAUAUAGUGCAAUUUUACAGCAAAGGGAGAGCUCCUGAGUUACUUGCCAAUUUCUAUGUUGCAUGUGCUCAAGUGGAAAUUGAUGAGUAUCAAAAUUAUGAAAAAGCCUUGGGAGCUCUUUCAGAGGCUAGUCGUUGUCUCUCUAAAGUGUCUCAACCUCGUGACCCAAAGCAGCAUGAGAGAGCUGUAGAAAAUUUGAAUAAUCGUAUGUCUGUUGUUAGAAGAUUUGUAGAAAUACGCAGGCUAUUUGAUAGAGGGGAUGCUGAAACAGCUUUAAGUCAAUGUCGACAAAUGUUAGAAAGUUACACAGAUCCCAAUUCAGAUUACGAGACUGCUGUUCGCCGGGGAGAUAUUUAUGCAGUAAUGGUGGAACAUAAAGUCUCCACUGGGGAUUUAAGAGGAGCUCAACAGCUCAUUGAUGAAUUCCGUCGUUCUGCACCUGGUGCAAACCUUCCUUACUAUCUUGGAAUUUCAACAUUGGAAAAGGUUGCACGGGGCUUAGGCCUUCCAUUAUCAUCUAUUGCUCCACAAGCAAUCAGAAGUGACUCAUCACUGCAUGCAGAAAGAGAAGAUAGUGUUGAUCAAGAAGAGGCAGAAGAUAUUGUAGAAGAGGAAGAUGAUAUAAAAGAAGAAGAAACCAAUUACAGGUAUAUAAAUGGAAAAACAUAUGCAGCAGUAUGAGCAAGUAGUAUUUAUAAGUUAACUUAAUGUGAUACCAUCCGUCCAGUAGAAUGUCCUCAUGAUAAUUUCAAUGAAAUUUUAUUUUCAUAAUUGAAUCAUGUGAAGCAGUGUCUUGAUCGUUGUACAUGUGCAAACAUCUACUUUUUGUAUGUACUUCUAUGUUUAUUUAAACAACUUAGUGAAACAGAGUACCUGACAAUAUGAGAGACUAAGUUGAAAAGGAAACUAUGCCUGGAUGGCUAAUUCUUUUGUACAUACAUAUUCUUUAUUUGUAUACAAGACACACUCAGGUUACAGAAUUUAGUUUAAUUUAUAUGUCUGUAGUUUCUUUCACUAGAAUCAGUUUUCUCUAAUAGGAAAAGAAACUACAGAUAGAUUCUUAGAAAACUAAUUUUUGCUCUAAAGAGCACAAAUUAUGCAUUUUGGAAGGUUUUUAAUUCCAUAAUAAAUUAACGACUGGUUAAGAAGCUCUCUAGAAAACUUAUUUUCUUUAAAGAAUGAAUGAGUAUAUGAAAUAGAAAUAUGAGAGUACAACUUAAGUUCUUUUGAUUAAUUAUCCAUAUCAGCCAUAAUACUUAUGUACUCCAUUAAUGCUUAAGUAAUUUUAUAAAAUGCAUUAUAAAUAAAUGCAAGUAGGUAUGAAAGAAGUGAUGGGAAUAUUGGCACAGUCUCAUUUUCUCUUUAUCAUCCCUAAGUCAGAAAACCAAAAAUGUAUUUAUUUAUAUUUUUCGUGUAAACUAGAUGUAAAAUGUUACUGAAGUAACAAUAUGUUCAGAUGUCAACUAAUUGCACACCUGUGGAGUAGUCUUGAAGUUCACAGUGCUGAGUGUCUGAGUUUCAGUAUUUUCCAGUUAAGGAUAUGUGACAUCCUUACAACAUAGAUCUCAGUAGUUUUAUUUAAAAAAUAAUUUAUAUGUAUCACAAAAAGUACGUCCCACCUGUACUUACAUGUAACUAAUCCGUCCAUAUUUUAGACAAUAAAUAUAUGUUAACAUAUUAAAAUUUUUGAGUUAUUUUUUAAAUUGUUUACUCAACUCAACAUUUUUCAAGAUUUAUAUUUAUGAGUAAAUCAGUAAUUACAUUUUCAUAUACAUUGCAAAUUUUAAAUAUUAUAAAAAUAUAUUUUUCUAUUUAUAACAAAAUAUACAAAUAUUACAUUCAUUCUUGGAAUGAUUUCUAAUACUACAAAAAACAUUUACAAUUUCUAGAGACACAAUUCCACAUCAGAAAAAUAUACAUUACAAGUCUCAUCUAACUAGACUAGAAACUAAAUUGAUAUUUAUUUAAACAGGCCUAAAAUACAUAUGUAUUCAAAAAAAUUGAGCAAGGGCAAAAUAAUCACAUUUCAAGCAUAUCACACAAUUAUUAAAUUAAUUUUUUCAUUGAGAACUGUCAGAAUAUAAAAAAAUAUUUUUCUCCAGUUUCAAGAUGAGAAGAAUAAAAUACAACCAUUCUUUUCUGUUAAAUUUUCACCAUGUAGCUUAGUAGUCAAGAGUUUAUCAAAUUGUUGUACCCACUGAAUAACUCUGAACAAAGGCGAUAUUUGGAAGCAGAUGUUAAACAGAAAGACAAGUAAUACCAACAAAAAGAAUGUGAAUAUUCAGGCAUUACAGCAAAAUAUUUGAAUUUCUUGACUUAGUAGUCUGAGAUAUUCACCAAUUUCACAUUGGUACAUUAGUGAUCUAACUGACACGGGUUUUGAGAAAUCACAUUUUCUGAAGCUAAUUCAGCUUUGCUGCUGGCAACAAAAGUAGGGCUGUGUAGAAGUGUCCUUUGAUUUACACUGUCCGUUUGCCAACUUUGCCUCGAGAGACCUGAGAAUCAAGUCUCUAGAGAAUGUAGAUCUUUGUUUUGGAUCAGGUUUUGGAUAUUGUGUUCAUGUGCUUUGAACAAGGCUUACAUAGAGUUGGAAACCCUUUGGGUUCCUUUAUUAUUUUCUGUUCUUAUGAAUUCAGGAAAAGAAAAAGAGAAAAGUUUAUGAGUCUACAAAUGGAUUCUGAUAAGAAGUUGUAGAGUAUAUGAAAUGGAACAUAUUAGAAAUGAAUUAAUUAUUGAGUGAAUAAAGGUUCAAAAAGCAAUUAUCACUGAAUUGGAAAAAACUAAGGCUGAAAUGGUUUCAUCACAUGAAAAGGCUUGAUUGUGAGAAAUGGCCCAGAAAGGUUUGUGAGUGGUUUCCUUUGGACAGAAGAAAAGAAGUAGACCCAGAGAGGAAUAGCAGAAUUUGAUUUCUAAAGAUAUGCAAAGAAAAGAAUGAUUGGAAUUAUAGAGGAGUAUGGACACAGAUGUGAGACAGCCACAAGAGCUGAAAAAUACUCACAAGAAAAAGAAGCAACAGGAUUUAUCCACUUUUUCAGAACCAGGGCCCGGCAAUAAGAGUUUCUUUUCCAAAAAUUUGUGUUAAUGUGGUGUUAAUGUAGGUCAUAUUUGGGAAAGAAUAUUAUUUUAAAACAAUACCAAGUCAGUGAAUAGACACAAUUAAAACUUCGGAGACAAAUCAACAGAAUAAAAUAUUUACAAAUUCUACUUCUUACACAAAACAAGAGAAAAAGAAUCAAUAAAAAAUAGCAAGGAGUUAAGUAAUAUUUUUUAAUUUAAAUUUUCCUAAGUGAUGAGACAAGCAAAUAGGUUCUCAAAUGUAUCAUUUUAAAUUCACUGCAAAAAUUACGUUCAAAUGUAGACUGUUUCAUUAUGUGGAAAUAACAGCAUAUAUUUACAUUUGUUUGUAAAGGAUUGGUAAAACUAGAAGAUUCCUGGUCUGUGUAGUCCAAUACAGAUAUCAGGUUAAUAGAAUUUCCAUUCAAUUUAAAUCCAGAUUACAAUCAAAGGAAAGCAAGUGAGCAAACUACCUCCUCUGCAUAUUUUCUAGCUAUUUUUUAUUGAUAGUUUGAUGGAAAGUAACAUGGCGAUGCUAUGGACCUGCCAUAGGCACAAGCAACCCAAGCCAUAGUUCCAUUUCAUAAUGGCAUUCAAGAGAUGCUGGUUGAACUGUCCCAAGCCUCAUACUACUUCCAAGCUGCUGGGACAUUUCAAGAAUAUAUCUGUAGGAUGCCAUAUGAACACAAAGCAAUAAGAACAAACAAAACAAAAGAUAAUUAAAAAUUGCAUAUGAAUUCACUUGUUCCAAUAAACUGAAUUUCAUAUUUAUAUUAUUUCCUUUUAUAAGUUGGUAUUACAAAAAGUACUGAACUGCACACACAAAUAUUGAAUAAUUCAAACAACAGACUAGGUUAUCAUUUUGUUUACAAACUUCGCCCACAUCUGUUAUCUGCGGUUUACCUUCCUAAUGAUGUUAAUAACUGUAACAGGAUCUUUGAAGCUGCCAUGAUACCAGUGUAAUAUAUUGCCAUACCACCAAUUGAAAUUUGGUCUUCAUGAGUUGACUGUAACCUUAAUUAUUCAAGUUGUCAUGUAUAAUACAAUCACCAAAGGUAAUUAAGGCUUGCCUGAAGCAAUUGUGAGCAUCUCUUUUACAUCAACUAUCUUUUCACGAAGUUUACCUUUCUCUUUCCCCCGAGACAGUUCAACUUUAUCAAUCUGUUCCCAAUCAGCAAAGCUCACAGUCUGAAUACCUUUCUUCUUCAAUAAUGAUCCUAUAAAUUCAAAUCCAGGUUUCUUUAUGGAAGCAUCAACAGUAUUAUUCAAUAUGUCUGAUGCCAUGGUCUGACCAACUGCGAAAGCAUUUGUCAUUGUUGAUAAAAUUACACCCACUGGUCCAGUACCCAACCAUCCAGAUACAUACAAUCCUGGUUGAAUAACUCCUCCAGAGUUCUCUACUAAUCCUCGUUUUGAAUUAAACGGGAUUGAGCUGUCUGCUUGUAUGCUUUUGUAACCAAUACUUCUUAGAACAAGACCACAUUCAAUAGUUUCUAAAACAUCUGUUUCAACAGCAUUUUCACCCUCCAUUGUAUUGACAGCAACUGUCAAUGCACCGACUGAGGAAGCAUCUUCUCCUGAUUGAAAAGAUUUUGGAGUGCGGAAAAAAAUAGGAUUAAAGCAUUUAUCUGCUUCUGUUUCUUUGCUUGUUGAAAUACUCUUCAUGAGGAGUUCUGUUAACCUCUUUCGGGGGCGAGGAAGAUCUGGACAAUGGUAUCUAAGCCAGCAAAAUCUUCAGCAUUCAUAUUUACGAAGCAUCUUGGUAAUCUCAACAUUUCACGAAAUUCUUUGAUUGUGAAGGCCACUUGUAAGGGUCCACGCCGACCUAUUAAUUUCACUUCUUUUACCUUACUGUCAGCCAGGGCAGCGAGAGAGUAUUCAGUUAUAUCUGUCUUCUUCAAAAGAUCUAUUGGUGACAAAAGAAUUCUAGCAACGUCCAAUGCUACAUUUCCCUGGCCAAUUAUUGCAACUUUCUCUAUAUUCAAAUUAAAUUUUAAAUCCUUGUUGUUAGGCAAGCCAUUGUACCAUCCCACAAAUUCACGAGCAGACAGGAUAUUAUCCAAAUUUUCUCCAGGAAUACCCAAUAAACGAUCCUCCUCUGCUCCAUAUGCCUGAAGAACAGAAUGGUAUGCGUUCUGCAAUUCUGCAAGGGAUACAUCUUGACCUAACUUGACAUUUCCUAUAAACUUGACUCUUGGAUCCUGGGCAGUUUUUGUAAAUGUGUUGAUGACAUUCUUCACUUCAGGAUGAUCAGGUGCAACUCCAAAUCUCACUAACCCAAAGGGAACAGGUAGACGUUCAAAAAUGUCUAUCUGCACCUUUGGCAAAGCUUUUAGAAUCUGCUGUGCUGCGUAGAAACUGGCAGGACCGCUCCCCACAACACACAGUUUGGGUUGAAUACUAUUUGGAUCAAUGACAUUUGUUGAAAAUAGUCUGCAUUUUUGGGAAAAUGCCAAAACUCUUCCUAAGGGAUGCAUUCUAGUAAAUAAAAUGACACAAAGUGUCAAGAAAGAACAGCUGAGUCAGUCGCAUUUCAAAACCUUGGUUUGUCGCGCUCCUGGUGGCUGAAGGUUUAAACCGCCGACAGAGGAAGAUCAUAUAUCUUAUCGCCUUCCACUUAUCUGCAGAUUAGUGCGAAAGGGAAGGAAGGUCUUUUCCCCGUAAGUGUUACGGCGUAAGUUGCUUGGCUCGCCUUGCUCACGCAGAAACAAAAAAAAACAAAAAAGCACGUUGCCAUUAUUAUAUAUUUUCCCUGCCACCAAUGCAAUAAAAUUA